AUGAUUCGACGACAUUGCCGUCUUCUGCCUCUGGCCAUCCUCCUUCUACUCCCAUGGCAGACCGUCUCCAGCGACACGGUCACGCCGGCGACGCCUCUCGCCGGGAACCGUACGCUAGUGUCGGUCGGCGGGACGUUCGCGCUUGGGUUCUUCACCCCGGACCCUGGCACGGGCAGGACGUACCUCGGCAUAUGGUACAAUAACAUCCCCGCGAGGACCGUCGUGUGGGUGGCGAACCGUGGUGCACCGGUCGUCGGCUCGGCGGCGACGCUCAAGAUCGACGGCAACGGGAGCCUCGCCGUCGUGAACGAGCAAGGCGACGUCGCGUGGGCGUCGCCGGUGACAGCGGACGUCGUCGCGCGCAGCCCCACGGCCCAGCUCCUCGACAGCGGCAACCUCGUGCUACGUUUCGCCGGCAGCGGCGGCGGCGUUGCGUGGCAGAGCUUCGACUACCCGACCGACACGCUGCUGCCGGGGAUGAAGCUGGGCGUCGACCUCCGCUCCGGCCUCGACCGGCACAUGAGCUCGUGGCGCGGCGCCGACGACCCGUCCCGCGGGGAGUUCUCGUUCCGGCUCGACCCGCGCGGCUCGCCGGAGCUGUUCCUCUACCGGUGGUCGGGCCGGACGUACGGCAGCGGGCCGUGGAACGGGUACCAGUUCUCCGGCGUGCCCAACCUCAGGUCCAACGGCCUCCUCACCUUCCGCUUCGCGUCCACGCCGGAGGAGGCCUACUACAGGUACGAGGUCGACGGCGGCAGCGACGUCCUCACGCGGUUCGUGCUCAACUGCUCCGGCCAGAUCCAGCGGCUCGUGUGGAUCGACAUGACGCGAUCCUGGAGCGUCUUCUGGUCCUACCCCAUGGACGAGUGCGACGGCUACCGCGCCUGCGGGCCGUACGGCGUCUGCAGCGUCGCGCGCUCCCCGAUGUGCGGCUGCGCGGCGGGGUUCCAGCCGAGGUUCCCCAAGGAGUGGGAGCUUCGGGACGGCUCCGGCGGCUGCGCGAGGCGCACGGAGAUCAACUGCACCGGCGGCGACGGGUUCGACACGCUGAGGAACAUGAAGCUGCCGGAGUCGGCCAACGCCACGGUCGACGGGACACUGACCCUCGAGGAGUGCCGGGUGAGCUGCCUGAAAAACUGCGCGUGCCGUGCUUACGCCAGUGCCAAUGUCAGCAGCCCGGCCGGCAAGGGGUGCUUCAUGUGGACCGGCGAUCUGCUUGACAUGCGGCAGUUCGAAAAUGGAGGCCAGGAUCUCUUCGUCAGGCUCGCUGCAUCAGACCUGCCCGCCAACAUUGCUGUCUCCAAGCAAUCGCAGGCUAGGAAGCUCGUCGAAAUCAUUGUUCCAUCGAUUGUCGCGCUACUGUUACUUCUAGCCGGACUAUUCUUCUGCACCAUGAAAGCGAAGAAGUGCAGGAAGGUGACUCAGACAGCACUGCACAACGGCCCGGAUACUCCGUUCGGACGAAGAAACCAGAUAGCUGCUGCAUCAACCGAUGAUACUCAGGACAGCUCCCUGCAUCCCCCUGGUCAGGGCAAUCACCAGGAUUUAGAUCUCCCAUCGUUUGAUGUAGCCACGAUCCUAGCUGCUACCGACAGUUUCUCCAUCGAUAACAAGAUUGGUCAAGGAGGUUUUGGUCCUGUCUACAUGGGGAAGCUUGACGGGGGGAAAGACAUAGCGGUGAAGAGGCUGUCGCGUAGAUCAACGCAAGGGCUUCGAGAAUUCAAGAACGAAGUUAAAUUGAUCGCGAGGCUUCAGCACAGGAAUCUCGUCAGGCUUCUUGGUUGCUGCAUCGAUGGUUCAGAGAGGAUGCUAGUGUAUGAGUACAUGCACAACAGUAGCCUCAACACCUUCCUUUUCAAUGAAGAAAAGCGAUCGCUGUUAAACUGGGAAAAGCGGUUCAGCAUCGUCAACGGGAUAGCGAGAGGGAUACUGUAUCUCCAUCAGGAUUCGGUCCUAAGGAUCAUCCACAGGGAUCUUAAGGCGAGCAACAUCCUACUCGACAAAGACAUGAAUCCCAAGAUCUCAGACUUUGGUGUUGCGCGGAUAUUCGGAGCUGACCAGACGGCUGCGCACACCAAGAAAAUAGUUGGAACAUAUGGAUACAUGUCUCCUGAAUACGCAAUGGAUGGGGUCUUCUCUAUUAAGUCGGACGUCUUCAGCUUCGGUGUGUUGGUGCUGGAGAUCGUUAGUGGCAAGAAAAACAGAGGCUUCUACCACACCGAGCUUGACCUAAACCUCCUUAGAUAUGCAUGGAGGAUGUGGAAGGAAGGCCGGACCCUAGGAUUCCUCGAUCAGUCGAUCACUGACACGUCGAACGUGAGGGAAGUGGUGAGAUGCAUACAGAUCGGCCUGCUUUGCGUCCAGGAGCAGCCGAGGCACAGACCAACCAUGUCGGCGGUGACCAUGAUGCUGGGCAGCGAGAACGUGGCGCUACCGGAACCAUGUGAGCCGGCGUUCAGCACGGGCAGGAACAACAUCAGCGAGGACAAGGAGGCGACCCGGUCUAACAGCGCAAGCAGUUGGACCAUAACUGUGGUAGAGGGUAGAUAGUGAUUGCAAUUUGCAAGGUGAAUAUUUUUUGGUUGGGGAAUUAGAGCUUAGGGAAUAGAAAUCGAAGAGGCACGAAUCCUUAAAUCUGAGGAUGGUUGAAAGACAUGAGCAUUUUGGAGAGACAGGGUGUGGUCUAGCUCCCACCAUUCAUUGACAAUGGAGAGUGGAAAUUGGAAGGGAACUGAUUUACAGAGAACAUGUCACGCCUUCAUCACAACAUACGCUGUCAAGCUUCCACUUAGUAGGAAACAAAGGAAUAGACAUAUCUCUCAUACUCCCCCACGAAAUGCCGUACCAAACAUAGGACUGGGACUAAAAUGACACUCCAUUUCUAGAUUACCAUUUCCUAGACCAAUAGUUUGUAACUAUUUUUGUAGAACAGAAUACAGCAUAUUUUGCACACUUGUACAUUAUUGGCU